CUCAGUUCCAUUUCAGCCACAAUUCGAAAAGGUAACCCACAAAUCGUUGUUUCCUUCAAAGUCAAAUUCCGUCAGAAAUAGAAAAAUACAUAUACUCGACAGGAAAAAGGAAUAAUUUAUAAAUAAUAAAUUUAUUUGCAUUAUUGCAGACCAACACGAUGCUGGGUAAUUGCGUUGGUAAUUGCGCAUUCAGUGCACCCCCGCCCCCGGACUCCAUACUGUCGAUGCCACCACCCCCAUUGCCAUCGUUCCUAUUGCCAAAAACGGCUGUCCUACUAUCGCCCAACAAUGAUUCUCAUCCUUGCUUUGCCACUUUGAUGUGCGAUCCAAAUCCUCAUCCUCGCGAAAGUGGCAUGGAAUUCGUUGAACUCACUGGUGCCAAUAGCGGCAUGGAAAAUACAUGGCUCUUCGUUUUAAUUUCCUCCUGUGUUGGCGUAUUAAUACUUGGUGGACUUCUGGCCGUUAUUCUGCUGAAAUGUCGAGACACACUUUUCUCCAGUUGCAAUUUAUCGUAUCACGACAGCAACAUCAAGCAGGGCACUAUGUCUGCAUUGGGCGAGCCAUCGAAGUCGAACCCCUUUAUGGCUGGAGGCAUUCUCUAUCCUUGCACGUCGGCCAAUAGUCGUGACACGCUACAAAGCCAAAUGGCCAGCGACAGCCGUUUGUUAUGGGCCACUUUAACGCCACACGGUACACGACAUUUUAUCACCGAUUAUCCUGUGACCACGGCCCAGGAGACGAAUGGCCACUAUGAAGUUGUCGAUUAUCGUACCAAGACCCCGAACCAGCCGUAUCGUGAUUAUAUUAAGCGGACACCAAUAAAGUCCUUCGACAACAAUGGCUUUAUCGAUUACGAUUACGAGGAUCCCACACCAUUGAUGGACUCCUAUCAUGACGACAUGGAUUCUGGCUACCAAGAACCGCAAGAAGUUUUGAACACUAUGCAACGGGUGUCACCCAGGCCUCGUGUCUCUUCACCCACGCGCAUUGAUAAUCCCAAUAUGGCACCACUUAACUACUAUCCUUCAAAUCCACGCAAUUACUCCACUCAUCACUUACCAUCGGCCAAUAACUCUCUACAACGUCCUACUAAUCUGGCGCCAGGCUCAGCCACUUUGAAUCGUAAAACCACUGCGAAUAGGCGCAUAAGUGACGCUUCCUCCUACAAUGGGCAAAAUAUCUAAAUCAGAAGACCAGAGAGACAGCACAUAAAAAUUGAACAAGAAAACCCGUGUGGAAUUGUGGUUUCACUGAAACUGAGUUAUGAUUUAAACAUGCCAAAGAAACCGGAGACAUAAAAAAGUGAUGAAACGCAUAGUGUAAAUUACAACGAAACACGAAUUUUCAACAAAAAAUACAUUAACAGAGAAAGCCCGAGCAGAUUAACUACAAUAAGACGAUGACACCAAAGAAACACAAAAUUAAACCAAAAAUCAUUAACAAAAAUAGCAAUAUUUUAAACUAAAAAAAACCAAAAACAAAAACAAAGAUAUAUGCUUACAUAUACUAAUCGUAUAUAAACAUUGAUCACUUACAGUCCAUUUAAAAUUAUGCAAGUAAGCUAUCAAAUACUAUGGCAAAAAAAAACUAUUUUCAUUUCAAACCAAAAAUCUUAUUUUAAAAACGCUUCAAGUUGAGAAACAUUCAUGCGUUCUACUUAAAGACACUUAGCAACAUACUAAUUGAUAGUUUCUAGCAUUAUAUCAAUAAGCAGGAUGGAAAACAAAAUGACAACCUGAAGCUUGAGAUUAGUUUGUUUUACUCUCUUCCAGUGAUAGUGACCAUUUUUCAUCAAAUCUAUAACAUCCCAUUAGCCGUGACUUGUUUUAACUCUAUCCAGUGCAAGUGUAAUGCACUUGGUAGAUUUUCAGUAUAUAUUCAAAUAGUUAUCGAUACGAGGGUUGCCCUUUAUAUUUCGAGAUUUGCCAACUCUUGUGUUGCAAUCUGCCAAGGACAGCUCUAUCGUAAUGCUUGACGUUUUUAAGUUAUACGGACAUAGAACGUUUUGACAUACGAGCGCUAAUUGUGUUGUUUACAGUAACUUAAAAGAUUCAUCUCGUUCAAAAAAUUAAAUUAAAUCGUGAACAUUUUCGUGCGAUUAUUUCUUACAACUUUUGACGUGGAUUAACUCAACAACAGUGCAUCGAUGAACUUAAUUCAAUAUUUUUCGACAAAGCUCCCUCAAGGAUCGUUGGAUCCCACACAAUUUGUCAUUCGCUCAAAAAAGGCUCGCGUCGAAAGAUAUGCUCUAGAAAAACGAAACAACUGCAUUUUUGAGCACUCGAAACAUCGAUUUGAUGAGUCAUGCGCCGUAUAGUCCUGACUUGGCACCGAAUGACUUUUUUGUAUUCCCGUACGUAAAAAAUAAAAUGAGAGGUCAACGUUUUUCGACACCUGAAGAAGCGGUUGAUGCAUUCGGAAUGCAUAUUUUGGAGAUACUUCAAUCGAAGUGGCAAAAGUGCUUCGACAAUUGGCUCAAACGCAUGCAAAAGUGUAUAAAUCUUAAUGGGGAAUAUUUUGAAAAUCAAUAGAUCGAUUUUCGAUGAUUAAUAUUUGUUUUUGUGUUCUCUAAUCCCGAAAUAUAAAAGGCAACUCUAGUAGCAUGCAAAGCACGGCAAAAGCAAUUUCCAUAAAAAUUGCCUAUCAAGGACAGUUGUUGUUUUCGACACCAAAAAUAUUAAUCAAUUACUGACUUGACAAAACAUGUAUAUCAUGUAAAACUAAGAAAACAAGAAGUUAUUUAACGUUUACAAAAAACUGUAAGUUAAAAAAAAAUCAUUGAUAAAUUUCCCUAAAAAUAUAUCACCAACAUCUUUAAAUGGUAACUCAAAAAAAUGUUUCGUGAAAAAUCUUUAUCAAAAUUUAAGUAUUAAAGUAAAUUGAAUUUUACGAAAACGUUUUUAAAAACUCUUUAAAAGGUACUGCUAAAAAAAUUUCAUUCAACAAUUCAGAUUUAUACGAAAUUUCAUAACAAUCACAUUUUCGUAAAAAAUAUUUCUAUAUUGGAUAUUCAGCAGAAUUUUUCCAAUUUCGCCCACCAUUCAUAUUAAUCUUCAGAAAAAUAGAACAACUAUUUGUUUAAUUAAGAAAAGCUGCUGAUUGUCUUUGAUCCAAGAAGGCAACUACAUAACUACUACACAUAAACCACACAAGGAAUUAAAGAGAAAAA